AUGCCUCCCAAGUUCGACCCCAAUGAGGUGAAGAUCAUUCACCUGAGAGUGACUGGUGGUGAGGUCGGAGCCCAGUCUGCUCUGGCUCCCAAGAUCGGUCCCCUCGGUCUGUCUCCCAAGAAGAUUGGUGAAGAUAUCGCCAAGAACACCGGUGAUUGGAAGGGUCUGCGUGUCACCGUCAGACUCACCAUCCAGAACCGUCAGGCCGCCGUCUCCGUUGUGCCUUCCGCCUCUUCCCUUGUCAUCAAGGCCCUCAAGGAGCCCCCGCGUGACCGCAAGAAGGAGAAGAACAUCAAGCACAACAAGUCCGUCUCUCUCGAUGAGAUCGUCGAGAUUGCCCGCCAGAUGCGCAACCGCUCUUUGGCUAAGGAGCUCAAGGGUACCGUCCUUGAGAUCCUCGGUACCGCCUUCUCCGUCGGUUGCCAGGUCGAUGGCCGCAGCCCCAAGGAUGUCUCUGACGACAUCAAGGCUGGCGAGAUCGACGUCCCCUCCGAGUAA